UAUAACCUAUAAGUUCUAGAAAGUAAACAUUGAAAUUCAACAAACAAAAAACAUACAAAAUUUAUGUUAAUUAUAUAAAAUGUCGUUACUUCGAAUCCAGAAACCUAAAACAAGAAAGGGAAAGACCGCAUUGCUUGAAAAGGAACCAAAAGUUAUCGAGAAUAUCAAAAAUGCUUUGAUUCUUGAAGGAAGAAAAACUUCAGCAAAUAUUAAGGAUCUUCUCAAAGACAUUGCAACAUUCAAGAAGCCAAAUUGUAAGGUAUUGACCAGAAAUAAUGACAUUACACCAUUUGAAGAUCAGAAUCCACUCGAAAUUCUCGCAAAUAAAAGCGAUUGCCAUCUUUUCGCAUUUGGAUCACACUCAAAGAAGAGACCAGACAAUGUCAUUAUGGGACGAGUUUAUGAUAAUCAAAUUUUAGACAUGAUCGAGUUUGGCGUUAAGCGGUACAAAAGUCUACAGGAAUUUAAGAACGAGAAGGUUAAUAUUAUGUGUAAGCCAUGUCUAGUAUUUAAUGGUGAUCAAUGGGCGAAAUCAGAUGAAUUAAGACACAUCAAGAGUCUUCUUACAGACAUGUUUCAUGUUGAGGAUGUUGAAACCAUUAGACUUCAAGGAAUUGAACAUGUCAUUAGCUUUACACUCUCAGAGGACCUUACAAUCAUGAUUCGUUCCUACAAAAUGCUAUUAAAGAAGUCUGGACAAAAAAUCCCAAGAAUUGAGCUAGAAGAAAUUGGACCGUCCAUGGAUCUCUCAAUAAGACGAACUAAAAUCGCAUCUAAGGAUCUUUAUAAGCUCGCUCACAAGAAACCAGCAGAAUUGAGAGUCACAAAGAAGAAGAAUGUCACAAGAGAUGGUCUUGGUAAUGUUAAGGGUCGCGUACAUAUUGACAGACAAGUCGUUACGAAAUUGCAGACUAGAAAGAUGAAGGGAUUGAAAAAGACACCGGAGGAAAAGAAGGCUGCUAGGAAGCUAAAGAAAGCUGCAUCAAAGGAGAACUCUUCUUUUGUUUAAAGUUAAUUAAAAUGAAUUAAUUUUUAUUGAUCUAAGAAUAAAUUGCGUUUAUAUUUU